AUGGCACGAGACGACGACGGAACGGUGGCCAUGCCCCGUCUAGAAGAUAUCCUCCGCCACCCUGAAGACCUCGAUAAGAUCAUGGGCCUGAAAGCCGAAUACUCGCGCAAGAAAGCGGCCGUGGAUUCCCAGCUACGGGAAGGACUGCGCGACCAACUCGAGACCGUGCAGCGCAGCAUCAACGCCCUCACGGAAGGCCAGCGACAGGUCUCCAAGACGAAAGACGAGCUUCAAGGCAUUGACAAACUAUGCGCGGAGUCGCAGACGAGCGUGGAGGAUUUCUCGCAGAUUGACAAGCUGGCCAAGGUGCAGAGGAAUUUCGAGGCCACGUUAACGAUGAAGAAAGGGCUGGAGGAGUUCAGUGAGAAUCUUGCGGUGGUUGAGGACCUUCUGCGCGAGGACGAUGACGAUUUGGAGAACCAACCUAAUCUGCUGCGCGCUCAUAUGCAGAUUUCGAGGCUGCGCGAUUUUAGGGACGAGGCUAUGGAUCAGAUACGCAAGGCGCAGGAUCCGAGUAGUGAGGAGACUCUGGCGGAUUACUUCCAGGGAUUGGAUGGCGUAGUCGAUUGGUUUGAUGACCAUCUUGGUACGGCGUGCAUGAACUUGAUCCCGCUGGUGCAGUCGGAUAACCCUGGGAUGGUGGUGCGGCUGGCGGUUGUGGUCAUGAACGAGGAGAAGAAUGAUCAGACGGUGCGCGCGUUGCAGGAGGCUCAGAAGGAUCACCAGGACCUGGCAGACCGGUUCAAGUCGAUGAAUGUGGGCCCUAAGACAGUGAGGGGAUACAAGGAGAAGUUCCUGCAAGCUAUCGAGUUCUACGCGCAGAACCAAUUCGACGCAACCAAAGAGGACUUCCUGGCCCAGCCGGACAACCUGGACAAGAACUUCCGAUGGUUCUUCAACGACCUCUACACCGUUCAGCAGGGCAUGCAGCCGCUGAUGCCGAAGAAAUGGAAGAUCUACAAGACCUACACAGAGAUCUACCACCGGAUGAUGCACGACUUCUUCAUCGGGCUGAUCAACGACCCCGAACUACCAGCCGACAACCUUCUCGCUAUCAUUCACUGGACCGAGAAGUACUACAAGAAGAUGAACAAGCUCGGCUGGAAACAAGCCGACCUCAAGCCCAACAUCCUUGACGACCGCGAACCCGAACUCAUCCGCCAAUGGCAAAACAUCAUCAUCCGCGCCGUGGAAGACUGGACCAACCGUAUCACCGAAACCGACCGCAAGGGACUGGUCGAACGCAUCCCGGACUCCCUCGAUACCAACCCAGAAGGCUGCUUCCGAACCAAGACCCUGCCCGACAUGUGGCGCAUGCUGCACGAGCAAAUCAUGGCCUCGGGCGCCUCCUCCCGCACCGACGUCGUCGAAGGUAUCAUCGACGCCAUGUUCCGCGUCCUCAAAGCCCGCCAAGUCGCCUGGCAAACCCUCAUCGACGAAGAAUGCGCCAAAUACAAAGCCCCCGGCGGCGACCUUCUGGACGGCCUCCAACUCCUCCAAGACUGGCUCGUCGCCGUCGCCAACGACCAAAUCGCCUGCAUCGACGACAACGAAGAGACCGGCCAGCUGGGCUACCUCAGCCGCUUCAAACGCGACUUCGAAACCAUCGUCGACCCGAGUUACAUGGCCUCCCGAGCCAUUCCGGAACUCGACGCCCUGCGCGACGGCUACGUCGAUCUCAGCACCCACUGCCUCACCCAGUUCGUUGAACUCAUCUUCGCCGUCGACUUCCGCACCACUAUCCCCGACUUCUUCACCCAGAAAUGGUACGGCGAUUUCGCUGUCAAACGUAUCACUUCAACCUUCGAAGACUAUAUGGCGGAUUACUCCCCCGUCCUGCACCCCUCUCUUACGGAUAUCCUGGUCGAGGAACUCUCCGACGAGUUACUCGUCAAAUACUUGUCUUCUGUGCGCAACAAGGGCGUCAAGUUCCGGCACAAUACCGAUCCGUACACGGAUAAAUUCAAGGAUGAUGUCCUUACAGUGUUUGCUUUCUUCCAGAAUUAUCCGGAUUCGUUUGCCGGCACUAUUAAGAUGAAGUGGCGGUUGGUGGAUUGGUUGGUUCGGCUGCUGGAGUCGGAGAAGGGCCCUGCUUUGGUCGCUGUGUAUGAGAACUUUAAGACGGAGUAUUGGGAUUUGCAGCUCUCGUGGGUUGAGGCUGUGUUGAGGACGAGGGAUGAUUUUGAACGCAGUAUGAUUAGUGCUGUUAAGGCGAAGGCGGCGGAGUUGUCGGUUGAGAGGGGAAUGGAGACGUUGAUGAGUAAGGUGAGGUAG